GCGACACGGCGUGUUGCGUCGUGCCCGACGGGAUCGACACGCGUCGCUUCCGCUCGCGGCAACCGGGAAGCACACGGAAACCGAUCGAUAAGAGGCGAAAUUAGCCCAUCGUAGAAGUCGCGGGAUUAACGAGCCCCGCGCGACGACGACAUACGCGUGGUGCUUGUAUCGUUGUUCGUAAUCCUCGUUCCGGCGUCCAACAUGGCGGGCGUCUUAAAGAUGCGCGCCGAGAGAAGACGAAGACGAAGAAGAAGGAAGGAAGGAAGGAAGGAAGGAAAAGAGAGGAGGGAAAAAAGGCGGCAGGAAAGGGGAGCCAGGAGAAGAGCGGUUCCCGAUCGAUGAGAAUUCGCGCGGCGAGCCGGAGAAGCGAGUCAAACGUGAUCAGACAGAACGAUCCGCAGUAAACGAGAAAAUACGAUCGGCGGUAGUGUCAGGGUUUAAAGCGGAACAACAGAAACGAGCACGACGGCCGCGACGGCGGGUCGGCUUGUACUGGUGGCCUGUAAGGACACCGUGAAGCUGACUGCCCGCCGUCUUCUCAACGAGGACCGUGACACAGACCCGGCGGCGGACCUAGUCGCGCCUUCCACCGAGGAUAUCGUGGAGGGUAUCAGACUCGAGGAGGUCACGAUGAAGCAGGAGCCGGAAGACGAGGAGGAUUGUUACCUCGAGGCGGCCGAGAUGCCGUCUCCGUCGCCGCCGUCGUCAGGCAGACGACACGCGGGCGCUACGCGUCGCGUACCUUCGCACGGCUUGCGGGCUAUGACCAACCCUAGCGCGGUUUGGGCACACUUCGACUUAUGCAACGAUCCUCUCCGUGCACAGUGCCGUAUCUGCGGUGCAGUCGUGGUCAGAGGCGGCGCGAAUCCUCGACAGUGCGGCACCACGAACCUUCAUCGGCAUCUUCGGGUGCAUCACGGUGGCAGACUAAUUGGCAGCCGUUACCACGUAUUACCAACUAGUAAUACGCAAGAGUAUAGUAAAACUAUAAGAAUAGCUGCACAGUCAUUGGUGAGGCCUCAUAUACGAAACAUUGCACCAGCACCAUUACCACAGCAGCAGCAACAACAGCAGCAACAGCAACGACAACCAAAGACUCUUGUGUUAAAAACAAUACCUUUAAAAGUAAAGCAAGUUGCACCAACAACUAUUAAAAUGCCACCCCGGCAAGCUAACCAAGGGUUACCUCAUAAUAUUGUACAUCAACAACCCACAGAGGUUUGUUUAAGAUGGAAUAGUUACCACAGUAACAUGCAAAACAGUUUUCCAUCUUUACUGGAAUCAGAGCAGUUUGUUGAUGUUACUCUAGCCUGUGAGGGUCGCUCGUUAAAGUGUCAUAAAAUGAUACUGUCUUCGUGCAGCGAUUACCUCGCAGACUUGUUAAGGGAGAACCCUUGUCAACAUCCGAUUAUUUUAAUGAAAGAUCUUAAAUUCUGGGAAGUCGAAGCGCUAGUCAAAUUCAUGUACCGUGGCGAAGUUAACGUUGCCCACGACAAACUGCCACAAUUAUUAAAUGCAGCGGAAGCGCUGCAAGUAAAAGGAUUAGCUGGACCAAAUCCUUCUUCACAGAAUCCAAAGCCUCCACUAUUGAUUCCGCAAUCCAAGCCAGCAGCAACUCAAUCAGUUCCUCGAGCCGCUUCAGAGACCAAAGAGAAAGCUUCCACUUCCGGAGUUUCGACACCAUCUAGUCCAAAACGCACGCAGAAACGGCAAUAUUCAGAUUCUAUGGAACCAAAACCAUUCACAAAGAUACGCUUACAACGACCAGUGACUCCCACGUCGCCCACUACUACGGUCAAAAUGGAACCGUUAGAUAUACCCCUCAGUCCUACGAUAUUUCCCGAGAACAAUGAAGAUAGUUCGAACCCUCGGUUUGACAAGCUCAUGAGUUUACACGAAGAAGACGAUCCCGGUGGCAACGAAAUAACCGACAAUGAAAGGGAAAUCAAUUUCUGUGAAAUAUCCGAACCGCUCGACAUAAACGACAGUGAAGAUCAAAUGGAAUUUGUACCUACAGACUUUCUAGAACAGGAACAAGACAUAGUCGAAGAAACAGAAACCACCUCUAUUAAAGACAGCAAGGAAGAGUCCAGGGAUUACAGUUCCGUCGAACUUGAAGAUGGCGAAAGGAGUGAAGCUGAGAAAGAAGAGCCUUCAAAAGAAAAGAAACCUGUUUAGUAAUAUAGAAAAUCAAUUCAAAUAAAAUUUAUUUGAGGAAGCAUUUUCUUUGGCAAGCAAACAAAGAGGACUCUUUGAGAAUCUCUUGUGUGAAAGAUAUAUCAGGUCAUUUCGUAGGUUUUUGCAUUUUUUAAUAUGAGUGAAUUUUAUCUAAUAAAAAUAUUUCAUUAUUUAAUAUUCUUCUUAUGUUAAUAAUAUAAUAAUAAUAUAGUAAUUUUCAAAAGUUACUAUGCUAAGUACAUUACUCGUUCCGUUUUUCUACUUUAACUAAUAAUUUCAAGUAAAUUCUAACUUCAUACGAUCAAAGUGAAAUUUUGUUUUCUCAUAAAUGUUACACUUUGAAAUUUUUUCAGGAUAUUCAUUCUGUUAACACAGUUUUGAAAUGUUCAAUUUUGCGAAAAUUUAUGAGAAGUAGGGAAAACGAGAAACAAACGUGAAACUAUCUGUGACUUCAAUUUUUUAAGAAUUCUAAAAUUAAUACAGUAUUGCAAUAAAAAUACAAUUAAUAGAUUUUUACUCUAAAAUACUAAUGUUUUAAAAAGCAAUGACCUUGAUAAUUAUCUUUCUAUGUGAAACGUAUAUAAUAAAGAAAAAAAUGUACUACUUUUGUGAUAUUGUUUCCUGUAAUCUGUUGUUGCCAUGGACUUUCAGGUACAUACCUAGUUUCACUCUGUUUAGAUCUUGAUUAGUUAAAACUCAAAGUACGAUUAUAAUUCAUUCUAAGAGAAGUAUGACAAAUAUUUCAGUGACAGUGUAAAUAGAGCGUACGUAAUUUAAAAAAAAGUAAAACUAUUUUUACCCUUUACCGUACGAAUCGUAGCGGCAGUAUAUAUCUUUCGAUCAUGUUUCUCAAGUUCGCCAUUCGAAAUUGAUAUUUGCAUGCGAAAGAUUACGCUAGAGAGUACGAUUUCAAAUUAAAAUUAUUAAAAUCGUAAUUUUACUAAUUAAUUGUAAAUAUUGAAAAAGUACUAUAAUCGAGUUUAUUGGGUGUACACGUGGAAGUUUCUACGCGAUACAUGGCUUCUACGUUUUUUUUCUUAUAAAUUAUUUGUUAACAAAUCGAUCGAUGAUUAGACUACGAGUGUUGAUACAAAUUUUAAUUUUUGUAAGUGGAAAAAAAAUGAACCUCGUUGAUUUUAUUGUUUUCUUACUACAACAAUAAAUUUAUUAUUCCAUUAAGUAUUUACAAAGAUUUAUCUUAAUGUGUUUUGUCCAUUCAAAUGCACUAUAAAUGCGAAAAAGGCGCAGUAUAUUAAUAACUGUAAUCUUGUUACUUGAAAAUCGAUUUAGAUUAUCAAUUAGAAGUUAAUUUAUCAAUUUUAAUCAUAUGACUUGUAAUAUCAAUGAUUAAUUCAACUUGUAUUAAAAAUUAUAAAUAUCCUUUUUUUUAUUUAAUUACUUGUAUGUGAACAAUAUGUAAUGACUUCUUUUCUUAAUGAGAAAGUAAUACCUAUUAAAUUUAAGACAAUUUUUGCAGUAUAAUUUGCAAAAAAACAGUACAACGUUAGUAUUUAUGGAUCAUAUAGUUUUCAUCGUGCGUUUCACAUGCGCAUAAAAUAUUGUCGAAUCAAUAAAAAAUUGAUGCAUUUAUACGUUAGAUGUGAACCUUCGUUACUAUUAGGUAAGAUCACAAAGAUGAGCUAUCGAAAUAUAAAUUAACGAUACUUUCACUUGGCUUCUUCUGUAUUAUAAUUCCAAUUAUAAAUUGUAGAUGAUUUGGUAAAUUUGUUCUGGUGAAAAGUAACAUGCGUAAUUUUGUUUCAAUUUAUUCGUAAUAAUUAUGUAAAAGUAACUCUCUACGUAUAUGAUACGACUAAAAAUCGAAGCUAGCUGCGAAACUACGUUUACUGUAAAAAUACAUGUAUGAUUGGAAAGUAUGUGUACAUUGUAACAUGUGAAAUUAUGUCUUAUAAAUAAAUUGCUAUAGUAAUAUAUAGCAAAAGCAAUUGG